CCCAAUUAUUGUCUUCAAUUUUGUUCAUAUACCUAAUUCCUUACCUUCACAGUCUGAUCAUUUCAAGCUUUCGAACAGAAAAAAACGAUUAGUACAUCUAUCUCUCUCUCUCUUUAUACGAAUUCAUUCAAUACUGAAACUCACAAAGAGAAGCAUCACUUGGAGAGAGAUAAUAAUGGAAGAUCACCAAAGGGAGCUACAUUUUCUGUCUACUCACCAAAACGCAGCAAAUUCCUCUUCGUGGCCAUCAGAUUCGUCGGGUAACAUGGAAUCAAUUGAACCUCCUUCGUUAGACCUACAACUCUCAAUCAGCGUACGACGACCAAUAAAACCACCAUCACAUCAUAAUCAAGGUAUCUUAAUUCGACCUGCAAUUAACCACGAUCACUACACUACCGAUCUGCGGUUCGACUCGGGCUACGUUGAAGCGCUUAAAUGGCAAGCCGCCGAGCAAAUCCGGCUAGCAGCCAUUGAAAAAGCGUACGCCGAACGUGUUAGGGAGCUUACAAGAAGAGAAAUAGAGAUGGCUCAGUCGGAAUUCGCACGUGCCAGGAGUAUGUGGGAAAGGGCAAAAGAGGAAGUUGAAAGAGCAGAAAAGUUGAAAGAAAGAGCAACUCGUAGGAUUGAUCCUACGUGCAUGGAAGUUACUUGCCAGUCUUGCAGUCAAAAAUUUCGACCUCAUUAACUUUUAUUAUUAUUAUUGAGGGGGAAAAUAAAAAUAAGAUGUUAAUUAAUAUUAUGUAUUCUUUUCUUUUGGUUGGAAAAAACUUGAAAGUCGAUUAUUAAUUAAUAAUUUGAUGUAU